GGAACAUUCUGUGGACGUUGUUUCGGAAUACUGUUAUUAAAAGAGUGCAUCCCCGUACAUGCAAUGAGUGUCCACUUCCUGCUCGAUGUCGCUGCGACUGAACGGUAGGAUGUAGCUGACAGAUACACCCGCCAAAAACAAUAAGAGUGUCCACUCUCUGCGUCGUCUUGGUGUUGUCGAAUCUCUCUCGACCCCCCGGUCACCCCGCAGGAGACAACAAACAUGGGCGAGGAUACUGUGGAGAAGAUCGACGCGGGCAACGACGAACAAAUGACAAUCAAAGGCUAUCGGCGGUCUUUUCCAAAACUCGUCCUAACAUGGAUCGGCGUCCUGCUUUCUGGUGGUCUCCUAUUGGUUGCAAUGUCUUGGAGGCGGAGAAUCCUGAUGUGCUGCACACACAAAAGAUGCCCUCUGGAAGAGGCAGAAAAAGUACUAUUAGUGGAUUCUUAUAACCAACAAUUUGUUGAGCGCGUUUUUAGACCAGUGGAAGCAUCACUACCAUCGAAACAACACACGUACUUUCACAACAAAAGAAUCAAAUACAUCUGGGAUCCACAGCAAGCGAAAUUUGUAAAAAUUGGAGGCUUGGAGGUACAAAAUUGCGCCAAGUUUCAUAGCCUCGGGGAUGGACUGCACACGACAGAAGCUGUUUUCCGACUGCAGUAUUUCGGAAAAAAUUCCAUACAUGUUGAAGUCAAACCUAUCUGCAAUUUAAUACUUAGAGAAAUUCGAAGUCCGUUCUACAUUUAUCAAAUGUUCAUUGUCAUUGUUUGGAUGAUUCAAGUCUACUACCAAUUCGCAUUGUGCAUCGUUCUCUUAUCCAUUAUAUCAAUCGCUGCAACUGUUUGGGAGACAAGAAAAAGUAACCGGGCUUUAAGAGAUGCUGUUAGAACUGACGCCAUUGUAUCCGUACUGAGGGAUGGGAAAGAGGUUCAAAAGAAUUCGGAAGAUCUAGUACCUGGAGAUGUAAUACUUUUACCGCAGUCUGAAUUCACGAUGGUUUGCGACGCAGUUCUUUUGUCUGGCAACUGUGUGGUGAAUGAAAGCAUGCUAACAGGCGAAAGUACACCAAUUACCAAGGUACCCGUAAGCAAUGACAUGUCUAGUAAAUUUGAUACCAUGACGAACAAGAGAAGCACUCUUUUUUGUGGAACGCAAGUACUUCACAGUCGGGACACAGAUGGCUCUGGGAUCAAAGCAGUUGUUUACAGAACUGGAUUCUCAACAGCUAAAGGAGAACUUGUGCGAGCCAUUCUUUUUCCAACUGUUAAUUUCAAGCUUUACACGGACCUGUUCAAAUGCAUGAUCAUAUUUUUUGUUCUAGGAAUUCCACCGAUGGUUUAUACAGCAAUAAUAUGGAUUGACUUGGGUGCAUACGUUAAGGAUAUCGUUAUUAUAGUAGUGGAUGUUCUGACGUUUUUGGUACCACCUGUACUGCCAGCGGUACUGACAAGCAUCAAUGCUCACGCUCAAAGACGAUUACGGAAACAUGGAAUUUUUUGUCUUAAUUCUAGAUACAUCAAUUUUUGUGGUGGGCUGGACGUUGUAUGCUUUGACAAGACAGGAACACUUACCGAAGACAGCUUAGAUAUAUCCGGCGCAGUUCCUGUUGAAAACGGAAGGUUUGAAAGAGCUGUAAAACGCCUCAGUCAGCUCCCGGAUACACCACUGGUGCAAGCUAUCGCAACCUGUCAUUCUUUGACCAAAGUUGAAGGGAAAUUACUGGGUCACACUCUGGAUGUGAAAAUAUUUGAAGCACUCGGAUGGGAUUUAGAAGAACCUAGGUAUGGUGACGAAGUUCCUUUCGAAAGACUACCUCCGAGAAUUGUGUAUCCAAUAUGUUCAAAUUUAACGAAUCAGCCAGCUUCUGCAAUCGCUGUGGUGAGACAGUUCCCUUUCGAGUCCUUGCUGAGGAGGAUGAGCGUAGUGGCUAAGUCGCAGGGGAGUAACAAUUUCGAAGUAUUCUUGAAAGGAGCACCAGAGCUCGUCUGUGCCUUGAGCAGAACCGAAACAGUACCGGAGAACUUUAAGGACAUUCUGGAAUUCUACACACGUCAAGGAUUUCGAGUGAUAGGAGUUGGUUCCAGAGUUUUGCCUGAGUACAUAACCUGGGAUGAGGUGAUUAGAAUGCCAAGGGAAGAACUGGAAUGUGAUCUUGAUUUUCAAGGACUGAUAGUGUUACAAAACAGAUUAAAACCCGAAACAAUUCCGACUUUAAAAAUUCUGAAAGAUGCUGAUAUUAGAACAGUUAUGGUUACAGGCGACAACCUGCUGACCGCCAUAACAGUGUCACGUGACUGUGGAAUGAUCGAAGAGUUUGAUUCUGUCAUCGCCGUCGAAGCAUCCCUUAUACCUGGAGAUCCAAUGCAUCCGGACGCCAAAAAUCGUCUUCAGGUGCAAUAUACAUACGCCAAGUUGCCAGGAUUCAGCGAGAAGUUAAACAUGGUUCAGAACGGUAUAAUCGACGACAUCUAUGUACCCACAGUAUCUGAAGGAAGAUACCAUAUUGCAAUCGAAGGAGUUUCCUUCAACCUUAUUCGAUUGCAUGACCUACAGCUACUGGAAAAAGUAAAUGUUCUUUUCUAUUUUUUAGUUUAA